UCUCUCUCUCUUUCUCUCUCUCUCUCAAAAUCAAAAAUGCAUCCCAAUCUCUUCAUGAUCAUGAUCGGAAUCUCUAUUUUCAGCCACCUUCCUAUGUUUCUGUGUCAAGACAACGAGCAAUAUACAGCCUGUGGUGAGUUGUCUGAGUGUGCGAACAUUCAGGGCAUCGGUUAUCCUUUCUGGGGACAAAACCGGCUACCAUACUGCGGCCACCCGCAUUUCAGGCUGAAUUGCCAAGGUGAUGCCCCCAUAAUCACAAUCCUGUCAAUGGAUUUCCGAGUCCUGGCUAUCGAUAACAAAACGCAAACUCUCACAGUUGCUAGACAGGAUCUGUGGAACAAUAUUUGUCCAAUCUUUCUUUACAACACCACCAUGGAUUUCAACAUCUUUGGCUAUUCAAUCCGCCAGCGGAACAUCAGUCUUCAUUACGGGUGCACCAGAUUUCCAGUACCCUUGAAAAAUCAAUUUCUUUGCAAUGUGAACGACACCCCCAGUUCUAGUUAUUUCACAAUGGGAGAAACACCCAACUUUGUCAUCAACAAUACCACAAUUACCUGCAAUAGCAAUGUUAUUGUUCCGGUUAAUGAGACCUCGACUGAGAUAUUGUCAAGCCUUUCGGCUACGACAAAUAAUCUAACAGCAGCUCUUGACGGUGGUUUUCAGUUGCAGUGGGAUGCGAAUAAUAUGUACUGCACCCAGUGCAACGAUUCUGGUGGGCGAUGUGGGUCUGACUCAAGCAACACAUCCUUUGCUUGCUAUUGUUUAGAUGGAUCAUAUGCUCGCACCUGUCGUAAUACGGAUCAAACUGGAAAGGGAAAAACCCACUUGAAAUCAAUUCCUGUCGCGGUGAUUGCAGUCGCUUUUGCUGUUGGGAUUGGCAUUUUAGUAGCUACAGUCUUCUGCUUCAGAAGAAAAUUUGCACUGAGCAAAACAGAUAAAUUUAAAAAUGUAAAAGUUUUUUUGAAGAGUUGCGGAUCUAUAGCUCUGAAAAGGAUUUGUACUUGUUAUGCUCGUCAAUCUUGA